AGGAUGUGCUCGGUCUGUCCAAAGGACGGAGUCUACAGAUGUCACGGUUGCAUGGGUGAACCUCUCUUCUGUACUCAUUGCUGUAGGACAGUUCACAGCCUCAUGCCUUUUCAUCGGAUCAGUCAAUGGACCGGGGGAUUCUUCGAGGGCACUUCCUUGACAAAGAUAGGGUUGGAAGUCCACCUUGGCCACGCGGGCGAGCCUUGUCCCAGACUAACCGACGAGUGGUGCGAUACAGAUGAUGAGGGAGACCAAUUGACUGAAGGCCCAUGGAUACCCUUGGUUAACGAUCCUCGGACGACCACGGUGGUAGAUACUUCCGGGCUCCACUCCAUGAUGAUCAGAUUCUGUCAGUGCGCCGGUGCACUGAGCCAUGACAUGCAACUAUUUAAGACCAGCCUCUUCCCUGCGUCUUUCACUUCGCCGAAGACAGCAUUCACAUUUGCGGUGUUGGACGACUUCCUGCUGGACAACCUGGAAUGUGGGACAUCGGCAAUGAACUUCUACAGUAAAUUAAGGCGAAUCACCUCAAGCGUGUUUCCUCAUUUGGUUCCAGACCGGUACAGAGAGUUAAUGAGGGUCGGCAGGCAGUGGAGACAAGUGAAGCAGCUCAAGUGGCAUGGGUUUGGCCAUGAGAAGCGACAGCCGAAGGCAGGGGAGCUUGCACUCUUCUGUCCUGCAUGUCCUCAGCCCGGUGUAAAUCUCAAUUUGUCAGACAGAAAUGAGUCCGACCCUGCAUGGCUGUAUUCCAGAUUGUUAGUCAUGGAUGGCAAUUUCAAGGCAGAGCAUUUGUAUCCCACCAAUCCAAGUGAUGAGGUGGCAUUGACCGAUGGCUUGGGCUUCAUGGUCUGUGAUGCCCAAUACAAAAUGCAUCUAUGCCAGGCGCAGGACAUUAUGCAAAGGUCAGACUGUAACAACCACCAAGCAGUCAACCAGGCAAAUGCCUUGCGCCACAAGCUGGAAGCAACAGGGAUAGGCGGAUGUGCUUGUGCGAGGCACGGAUGUUUUGUUCCUCAUUCAAUGGUAGACUUUCAGAAGGGGGAAAGGCAGAUGAACAUGGAUUAUGCCCUGUGUCAAGCUCUGGGGUACAAUACCGACGGGAUCAAUUGGGCAUUCACAUUCUAUGACAUUAAUUGUCAAUACAAUAAGCAUCUCAGCAAGCGGAUUGAAGAGUCGCCUUAUCUUGACCUUCCAUGGGGCAUGGACAUUAUUCCUGGAAUUGGGCUGUGGCAUGUCCACGGCCAUCAAGAUAAAUGCUAUGUGAGGUAUGCGUCCAACUUCAUAACCGGUGCCACCAGGAUCAACGGAGAAAUAAUGGAGACCCUGUGGGCACCCUUGAACAUCAUAUCACCAUCGGCAAGAGGGAUGUCCACCCCCCACCGAAAGGAGUGUUUAGACUUUCAAAUGAAUGACUGUAAUUUUAUGAAGAUGAUACGCAUCAGUGAGUAA